AUGGAAACACGCACAGAAUACGCGCAGCGGCCCUCAACACGGCAAAGCCGCAUGAAAAUCGACGCCCUCUUAAAUCCGGGCGAAGGAGACAGCUACUCAGACUCACCUCGCUCCCAACACGCCUCAAUCCCAUCCAUCCACAGCUACCAACACUCGCCAAGUUUCCCCCCAAGUCCAAACUACUGGUAUGGACGAUACCACGACACCAGCCCGGGUGCACUAUCCAGCGCAACCCACAGCAGCAGCCAUAGCCAUAGCGAAAGCCAAAGCCAAGGCCAAUCCCAAACCCACCACAUGUUCCUAACAUACCGCCCCUCAAACCAAAUGAGCACAAACCCAAACAGCGCCAGACACCACAGCACAAGCAACCAAGGCUCGGUAUCCGGCCCAGGCUCACGCUCAACAAACUCCUCCCCAGACCCCUAUCACCCGCAGAGCCGCGAACGCUACGACAGCGUCUCAAGCAGCUCCAGCGCAAACGCAGACCGUCGCCGGCCGCCGCGCCCCAAGUAUGAGGAGGAGGAGAUGUACUUUAUCUGGUACCAUCGCGUUGAUCUGUGCCAGGAGUGGAAGGAGGUGCGCGAGGCGUUUAAUCGGCAGUUUCCAGAUCGCCAGAGACGUGGCUUCCAGGGUAUCCAGUGCAAGUUCUAUCGCUUUAUUAAGGAAAAGAAGUGUCCUACUUUGCGGGAGCAGCGGCGGAUGCGUGAUGGCGAGUUUUUAAGGGAGGGGACUAGUGUUCAGGGUGGGACUGAGUCUGGGGCGCCCCGGUUUGGUGUUAUUGAGUGGGGGAAGGUUUGGUAUCCUUGGAUGAGGGAGAGUAGGGCGGAGGUUUUGAGGUUGUGA